GAUACAGAUGCACAUGACACUCUAGGGAAGUGUGGUCUGGAUGAAAUUACUAUAAGGAUGGCUGUGGCUCCUCCCAGUUAUUGUUUUGUUGCUUUUCCACCACGCACUAAAGAUGGGCUUGUUGUGUUUGGAAAAAAUUCUGCACGGCCUCGAGAAGAAGUACAGGAGGUGGUCUACUUUGCUGCUGCUGGUCAUGAUCCAGGAAGCAAAGUUGAGUGUACAUACAUUGCAAUUGAUCAAGUGCCGAAGACUCAUGCUAUUAUGCUAAGCAGACCUGCUUGGCUUUGGGGGUCAGAAAUGGGAGCCAAUGAACAUGGAGUCUGCAUCGCUAAUGAAGCCAUCACCACCAGAGAGCCAGCUUCUGAAACUGAAGCCCUGCUGGGAAUGGAUCUUGUCAGGCUUGGCCUAGAAAGAGGCGCAACAGCUAAAGAGGCCUUAGAUGUAAUAGUUUCUUUGUUGGAAGAGCAUGGACAAGGUGGAAAUUAUUAUGAAGAUGGGAGCUCCUCCUAUGCUUUCCAAAGCGCAUUUCUGAUUGUGGACAGAGCAGAAGCCUGGGUAUUGGAGACUGUUGGGAAAUAUUGGGCAGCAGAAAAAAUCACAGAGGGAGUAAAGUGCAUUUGCAACCAGCUUUCAUUAACCACAAAAAUUGAUGUUGAGCAUCCUGAGCUUAGGAGUUAUGCAGAGACUCAAGGCUGGUGGACUGGAGAUACAGAAUUCAAUUUUUCUGAAGUGUUUUCUCUAGCUGAGGACCAUUUAGGCUGCUGUUCAGGCCAGGAGAGCCUAGAAAAACAAGAAGGAAAUAUCACUGUGCAAACAAUGAUGGAUGUCUUGCGUGACAGAGCUAGUGGUGUCUGCGUGGACUCCGAAACUUUCCUCACUACAGCUAGCAUAGUGUCUGUUUUGCCUCAGAAGCCUAGUUCUCCCUGUAUUCACUACUUCACUGGCACUCCGGACCCUUCAAGGUCCAUAUUUAAACCUUUCAUCUUCGUUGAUGAUGUCAAACUAGUACCAAAAGUUCAAUCGCCUUUUCUUGGUGAUGACGAUCCUGUAAAAAAGAAACCUCGGUUCCAGGAGAGGCCUGACCGGAGACACGAACUGUACAAGGCACAUGAGCGGGCCCGAUCUGUCACUGAGAAUGAUCAGGAUAAAGGUCAGAAGCUGAUGAGGAUUAUGUUAGACCUUGAAAGACAAGGCUUAGAAGCUAUGGAGGACAUCCUCACCAGUACAGAGGUUCUGGAUCCUGCUGAAGUAGUAGACCUUUUCUAUGACUGUGUCGAUACAGAAAUUAAGUUCUUCAAGUGA